AUCUACAAUACUUCAAAAAAUUCAACAUAGUUGUUCUAUUUGGUUUGGAUACAAAUAUUAAGAAAAUAAAGGGACUCAUCUAAAGUAAUAGAUCCAUAUGUAAUAUUGGAUAUUUUUAAUAUUAAGAAAAUGAAGGUGGACACCUAAAAAUAAUAGACUCAUGUACAAUAUUGGGUAUUUUUAAUAUUAAGAAAACAACGCAUCUCCUUAGAGAUCGUCUUUGCCUUCUAUCUGCUGUUGUCGCACUCGGAUUGGCUUUCCUGAUGGUUCCAUGGCAAGUGCUCCCUUGGACUUUCCUGCUCUUUGGAGGCUAUUUACGGCUGGUUUACCAAUGGGGUAAAGUUAAAGCUACACAGGCAGCAUUGUAUUCUUCCGAUCCCGAGUCUUUAGAUUAUGAUUAUAGGAAAGGUCAUCAGCGGCAGGUGUCGUCUUAUGAUGCUGCAGCGCUGUAUUAUGGAUCGGGAAUGGCUUUUCUUGCAAUUGUAGCACCAUUGUUAGCUUACCUUUUGGGAAUUACUGCUUUGUUUGUGAGAAAUUUCAAGCAUGCAUGGUUUCAUUACGUUGAUUUAAUUCAACUGCUAAAUGCUGUCAAUUUUGAUCGCAUAAUCAGGAAUCGAGAUGGUUCAUCCCGUCAACUUCUGUUUAGGCGUUCCUUCCAUUCUGUUUAUUUAUUAAAUUGCAUUAAUACCAAUAUAAAACAUUUUAUCAUAUUCAGUGUAUCUUGUCUAUAAAAAACUAUAAUUAGGGUCUGGAAAGGGAAGAAAAGAGGCAACCCAUACCAAUAAAGAAGUCGUCAUCAUCAUCAUUAUCAUAUCUAGUGUAUCCUACUCAUAGGAACUAUGAUCAGAGUCUGACAAGGGAAAGAAGACGACUAACUCAUACUCAUAAAGGAGGAAACGACCAAAGAAUCUCCUGACUCGAGAAAGAUCCUCAAAAUGAUAGGUUCAUGCAAUGAAAAGGUCGUUAGAUAUUUAGAUGUCUAAUUAGUUUUAUAAACUAAUUAAAACUGUUCGGUAAAAGUAACGGUUAUGAUAACUGUUGCAAUAUAAUUUAUUGAGAAAAGACGCGGAGAAAAUUCUAAAUUGUUACUUUUGCUUUAGAACACUAGCUACUAAUUAUAAUUUAGAUCACUAAAUUUUAGUUAAAUUACUAAUAUAUCGACUGUAAUAUUUUUUAAAUAAAUUUGCAUUUGCACCUCAUUAAAUUACUAACAAUUAUUUAAAUU